AUCAUGACUGUGAUGGGUUUAUUGCCUUUAGCGCGACUUCCGGGCUCAACAUGGCAGCUUGUGGCUCGGCGUUGCGCUCCAAUCCUCAAAAAACAGCUACCAACAACUGCAGCGGUAGUGCAUGAUGGACAUCAUCAGUCAAAAAGACAUCUUUACACCGAAGGUUUACUUUUAUCGAUUGAUUCAUUUCAGGGUCUUGAAUGGAAUUUUGACUAUCGCAAAGGGGAUAUUUUUAUUCAUUUCAUGAAAGGUGCUUAUACAAAUGCUGCGUACAAUUGCUUGGAACGCAAUAUCGAUCGUGGAUACGGCUCGAAAGUAGCAUAUUAUUGGGAAGGUAACGAGCCAGCCGAUAGUACACAAAUCACAUAUCAAGAACUUGCCGAUAAGGUUUCCGCGUUUGCUGAGGUGCUUCGAUCGUGUGGCAUCAGGAAGGGUGAUGUGGUUGCAAUAUAUUUACCGAUGAUUCUGGAAUUGCCAAUCUCGAUGUUAGCAUGCGCACAUAUUGGUGCGGUGCAUUCGGUGGUGUUCGCCGGUUUUGGAGCCGAUGCAUUGGCAUCACGUUUGAUGCAAGCAAAGGCAAAGGUGCUGGUGGCUUGUGAUGGAUACUUCCACGGAAAGAAACUUGUUCAUGCGAAAUCUGUGGUCGAUGCAGCGUUGGACAUUUGUAAACAAAAGGUUUUUAUUUAUUAUUAG